GAGGAGGAGGGACUGAGCGGCAGGGAAAAAUGGGAGGGAGAAACCGAGAGGGGAGGACGGACCGAGGGUGAGCGAGGGGGAGGGAGAAUCUGAGAAAGUAGAUGAGAGGCAGAAGUAAAGAGGGAAACUGAAGGGAGUCAGGAGAGGCGAUCGAAAAGGAAAAAGUAAAGUAAAAAAAGAGGAGGACAGCUCAGCAAAUAAGCCCAGUAGCAUUCCUCUCACAGCUGCAGUGAUCCAGGCUGGGAGGGGAAGUUUAGCUCACCGGGAGAGACAAAAAAAAUACACAAGAAAUUGCAUUUUUUUUUGUUUUCUUUUUUGUUUUUCUUUCUGGGUGAAGAGAUCAGGAAAAAGAAGAACCAGAGAGCUUCUGCAGAAUCUGAGCGUCCUGCAGGGGAAGAUGGAUUCAGACUCCGGAGAGCAGAGUGACGGAGACCUCUCUCCAGGGCAGGAGAGCUUCAACUCUCGCUCCCUGGCCCUGCAGGCCCAGAAGAAGAUCCUGAGUAAGAUGGCAACCAUGGUGGUGGCCAACAUGCUGACGGACGACACCAGCAGCGAGAUCCUGGACGAGCUCUACAAGGCGAGCCGGGAGUUCACAAAGAGCAAGAAGGAGGCCCACAAGAUCAUCAAGGACGUCAUCAAGAUCGCCCUGAAGAUCGGCAUCUUGUAUCGCAACCACCAGUUCAGCCCGGACGAGCUGGACACGGUGGAGCGCUUCAAGAAGAAGAUGAACCAGGCGGCCAUGACGGCGGUGUCGUUCUACGAGGUGGAGUACACCUUCGACAGGAAUAUUCUGUCCGAGCUGCUGCUGGAGUGCAGGGACCUGCUUCACACCCUGGUCGAGCAGCACCUCACCGCUCGCUCACACGCUCGCAUCAAUCACGUUUUCAACCAUUUUGCCCACGGCGAGUUCCUGGCCGAGCUGUACGGGGACGGAGAGGAGUACAGACUCUCUCUGAGGAAGAUCUGCAAUGGCAUCAACAAACUGCUGGAUGAAGGAACGCUUUAACCUCUUGCACUUGACCUCUUUCACCUCCAGCUCUCUCUCUCCUCUCGCACCUUUUCUCGCUGCUCUCUCCUGCCUCCUUCUAUUUCCUUUUCACUCGCUCACCCCCUGACCGCUGCAUCCUACGCCUCCUUACUGCUCUCGUCUUCCUGUUUCUUCCGCAUCCAUUUUUAUGGAGGUUGUUGUAACAUCCUGCUGCUGUGGUUCAAUGAGGGAAUGUUUUUUUCUUUAGACUGUCUUUCCACUCAGUGGAUCAUCGCUGCGCACUAGGACAGCCUGUUUCACCUUGUAUGCAUUAUAGCAUUCCAAGUCAUACCCUCUGUGUGCAAAAGUGUACUGUACCAAUGGCCAAAAAACAUACAUAUUUGGAUAUGGAAGAUAAUCAGUAGUAGUAAUCAGUCUCUCUCUUUGUGUGUGUGGGAGUGUGUGUGUGUGUGUGCACAUGUGUUUGUGUGGACUUCGCCUGAAUAAUGCUGUUUUGUGUUUGUACAUAAGACCAACUAUGACAUGGUGUGUGUAUUAUGUAUCUGUGUCAAUCUUCUCCACAAGGGUGUAACACUUGUCUUUUAUUAAAGAUUUCUUUAAAUCA